UCCAAACCAUCGGCAAUGGAUUCUUCCAUUCUCAUCAUUGGCAGCGGCACCUUCGGAGCCUCAACAGCCUGGCACUUGGCCAAAAGAGGCUACAAAAAUAUAACUUGCAUCGACAAGAAUCCUUUCCCUUCCGUUGAUAGCGCUGCGUAUGACCUGAACAAAAUCAUUCGGACAGAGUACGAUGAACCGCUUUACUCCGAAUUGGCUAUUGAAGCCAUCCAAGCAUGGAGGCAACCGAUGUUUGACGAUAUCUUCCAUGAAACAGGCUGGCUUAUUACCACUUCCGGCGAUCCAGAGGCAACAAAGCGACUUCGCCAGGCCUACGAGAAUCUCGUUAAGAAAGGUCAAGCCAAAGGAGUAGAAUUCGUUGAAAAUAAGGAAGACAUUGUAAAGCAUGUACCACUCCUUGCAGAUGCAAAAGGGAUUUCUGAAUGGAAAGGCUUCUGGAAUCCUCAAGCCGGAUGGGCACACGCCAGGAAAGCCCUUGAGAAAGUCGGUACUGAGGCGAUGAAACUAGGUGUAAAAUUCAUCGGUGGCCCGGAUGGACAGAUGACCAAACUGGAAAGUAAAGACGGGAAAGUGGUAGGCAUCAGGGUGGCUUCAGGCAAAGUCCACACUGCCUCGAGGUAUAUCCUUUGCACUGGUGCUGCUUCUCCGCAGGUACUCCCGGAAUUGGCUCCUCAUCUAUGGUCCAAGUGCUGGACGCUUGGACACCUCGAGCUGAAUGACGAAGAACUCGCUCUUUUCAAGGGAUGCCCCGUGGUUGAUAACCGGGAGCUGGGUUUCUUUUUUGAGCCUGAUCCGGAGACCAGGUGGCUGAAAAUAUGCAAUGAAUUUCAAGGAUAUCAAUGGCAAACCGGUGAGUACUUUGACGGAACGAAAACCAUCAAGUACUCUAUCCCUCGCUAUGCGAGCGAUCAUCCUGGCGAGGGCAUCCCGGACGAGGCAAUGGCGGGAAUUAAUCGCUUGAUCGAUGCCGUUCUUCCGCGAUUCUCAGGCCGCAAGAUCCAUGGAGCUAGUGUUUGCUGGUGCACGGAUACCGCGGACCGUCAUUGGCUCAUCGAUAAGCACCCUAGUUAUCCUGGAGGAGAAAUUCUACUUGCAACUGGCGACUCUGGGCAUGCGUUUAAGAUGCUACCGAUCAUUGGAGACUACAUAGCCGAUGCCUUCGAAGGAAAAGAGAGGGGCUUGAAGAAGGUUUGGCGGUGGCACAACAGGCCGUGGGGACAUGACGAUUCCCGCCCUGGCGAUCGCGUCAAAGACUUGCGAGAGGUUGGCAUGGGCAAGGCCGCCAUGAGCAAGUUCUGAGCUGGGGGGAGGCCUGGAUUGUGUGGUUUCGGGUAGUCCCCAGGUCCAAUACUCCCCGAUUGGGUUAGCGUGAUCAACUGAUCAGCUACCCUCAGCCAUAUGUAGGUUGUGUUGAAGAUCGGGAUAGCUAGUUAAAGUAGACUCGAUCGAACUAAUUGUAGCUGAUUUGGGACUCCGCUAAUGGCU